ACCAUGCCAGCGGACCUCAGCGGCACCUGGAACCUUCUCAGCAGUGACAACUUCGAGGGCUACAUGCUGGCCCUGGGUAUCGACUUUGCGACUCGUAAGAUCGCCAAGUUAUUGAAGCCACAGAAGGUGAUUGAACAAAAUGGGGAUUCCUUUACCAUCCACACAUACAGCAGUCUAAGGAAUUAUCUUGUUAAGUUCAAAGUUGGAGAAGAAUUUGAGGAAGAUAACAAAGGCCUGGAUAACAGAAGAUGCACGGAAAUGUUCUGCGAAGGCCAGGUGUGCAAACAAACGUUCCAGAGAGCCUGAACCGUCCAGCAGCAGAGCCUAUUCAAGGCUGCUAAGUGCUGAAUUGCCCGCAGAAGGCAUGGGUGUUUAUCUGUCCUGGUUUGAUGAAGGGCCUUGCAAUUGGAAAGAUGUCAUUCAGCCUGUGCUGGAAACAAUU